UUACCUGGCUUCGCCAUUGGGGGAUUAAGUGGUGGUGAAUCCAAGGAUGACUUUUGGAGGAUGGUUGCCCAGUCUUGCCGCAUGCUGCCAAAGGAUCGUCCGCGCUAUCUAAUGGGUGUCGGCUUCCCUGUAGAUAUAGUAGUUUGUGUUGCCCUAGGCGUUGACAUGUUCGACUGUGUCUAUCCUACGCGCACAGGCAGGUUCGGACAAGCUUUGGUUCCAUGGGGCCAGGUUAGUCUGCGUCUAGCUGCCUACGCAAAGGAUUUCCUUCCGAUAGACUCGGAUUGUCAGUGUCCGGCAUGCUCUCGUUGCAUUCCACGAGCCUGGUUCCACGCAGCGCUUGGUGGUCGGCAGACGAACGCUGUUUCACUUAUCAGCCUUCAUAAUCUCACCUAUAUGCUGGGCUUGAUGCGCCAGCUACGUGAAGCUAUUUCAUCUGGCCAACUUCCUGACGUAAUUCGUCGGUUUUUCUCUGCUCGCUGCCGGCCUUCGGCAAUUUCAUCUAUGGACCCAUCGUCUAUAGAGAUGAACCAGGAGCCAGAAGGCUGCGGGAAGUCCGAUGAAUCAGCGAAAGUUAGCGAGAGCAAAAAAGAGUUUGAUUUUGACGGACCACCUCCUCGAUGGGCUGUGGAGGCUCUAGCUAGCGUCGGAGUUGAUAUUUCGGAUAUUGGAUCACCUAAUCCCAAUUCAGCCUCUAAAGACUCUGCCUUAGCUGGAAAUUCUCCCUAUUUGUCUCACAUAAAAAAUUCCAUUGAAGAGAAAGAGAAUGACUCAAACUACUCUAACUAA